CACGAAAAUAAAAUAUAUGACGGAUGGUGUAUUGCUUCGCGAGUCGUUAAACGAGGGAGAUCUAGACCGAUAUAGUGUAAUCAUCUUGGACGAGGCUCAUGAGCGGUCGCUAAGUACCGAUGUUCUCAUGGGUUUGCUUCGCAAAAUUCUUUCUAGAAGGAGAGACCUCAAACUUAUAGUCACUUCCGCUACCAUGAAUGCUGAAAAGUUUUCCUCCUUCUAUGGUAAUGCUCCCACAUUCACAAUUCCAGGCCGUACAUUCCCGGUUGAGAUUUACCACUCGAAGUCUCCAUGCGAUGAUUAUGUAGAUGGCGCCGUAAAACAGGUUCUCCAAAUUCAUCUAUCCCUUCCUCCCGGUGACAUACUGGUAUUUAUGACUGGUCAAGAAGAUAUCGAAAUCACAUGCCAGGUCGUUCAAGAACGUUUGUCCCAACUGGAUGAGCCAGCACCACUCGCUGUUCUCCCCAUUUACUCCCAGAUGCCUGCUGAUCUACAAGCAAAGAUCUUUGAAUCCACCAGUGAUGGACGUCGUAAAGUUAUCGUUGCGACAAAUAUUGCCGAAACAUCUCUUACCGUUGAUGGUAUACUAUACGUCGUUGAUGCCGGUUAUUCCAAACUCAAAGUUUACAACCCCAAAGUCGGAAUGGACGCUUUACAGAUUACUCCAAUCAGCCAAGCGAAUGCAAAUCAGCGAACAGGAAGAGCUGGGCGCACAGGUUCGGGUUUUUGCUACCGGCUGUAUACUGAAAUGGCCUUCCGUAACGAGAUGUUCUCAAGCACCAUACCUGAGAUCCAGAGGACCAAUUUGGCGAACACGGUGCUCCUAUUGAAAUCUCUAGGAGUGAAAAACUUGCUUGAGUUCGAUUUUAUGGAUCCCCCACCUCAGGCAAACAUACUGAAUUCGAUGUAUCAACUAUGGGUGCUAGGUGCCCUUGAUAAUGUUGGCGACCUGACCUCGGUUGGUCGGAAGAUGUCCGAGUUUCCUAUGGAGCCUUCAAUGGGCAAGAUGCUCAUCGCGUCUGUGGAGUAUAAAUGCUCUGCAGAAAUGUUGACGAUUGUUUCAAUGUUGUCAGUCCCCAGUGUGUUCUACAGACCAAAAGAAAGAAUGGAAGAGGCGGACGCGGCUCGAGAAAAGUUUAACGUCCCCGAAAGCGACCAUUUGACGUUACUUAAUGUUUUCAACCAAUGGAAGAGUCAUGGUUUCCGCGAUGAUUGGGCGAUGCGCCAUUUUUUGCACCCCAAGCUAUUGCGGAAGGCCCGAGAAGUGCGUGUUCAGUUGGAAGAUAUCAUGAAUUUCCAGAAGAUGGAGAUUAUCUCUGCUGGGACCGAUUUCGAUAUUCUUAGGAAAGCCAUUACUGCUGGUUACUUCCAUCAAGCCGCACGCGUCAAAGGUAUAGGAGAAUUUGUCAACAUUCGAUCUGGUCUACCCACGCAUCUUCAUCCUACUAGUGCGCUUUAUGGAUUAGGAUACACACCAACGUAUGUUGUCUAUCAUGAACUGAUAUUAACGUCAAAAGAAUACAUGACACAAGUGACUUCUAUCGACGCAUACUGGCUAGCGGAACUGGGAUCCGUGUUCUACUCCGUAAAAGAGAAGAACUUUGAUGACCGAGGGAUGAGAAAGCAGGCGGAUCGCGAAUUCUCUAAACGCGCAGAACUUGAAACUGCGAUUGCCCUCCAAAGAGAAGCAAAUGCGAAGAAGGAAGCAGAGGAUGCAAUCUCUGUCAAGACGUCCAGCGGAACCAGUUCUCGAAUCAUCGUUCCGGGUACUCCAAGACCUGGAAGUGUUCGAGUUAAUCAGACACCCAGACGAAGAGUCGGGAUAUAAUUUAAUUGUUGGGUUUCCACGAUGUACACAGGUACAUAUACAUAGAUGUACAUUUCUUGUAUACUAGAUUGCACUUGUUAUUUGUAAGAUUGGCCGCUAGCAUACUGUAUCCAUGGAAGUAUCGAGAUGCAAAAAUAACAUAAUUAU